GACUCAUGGACGUAGGACGAAACAGUUUCUUUGCCACGUUCAAUGAGUCACAUGUGAACACAUCGUGUAAAGUUGUUUUUGAGUUACAUUUAGGGAUGUUCCGAUACAAGUAAAGACGAGUAUGUACUCGAUACUAUUGUUUCGAUUAAAACUACUUUUUUUACUCGAAUCAUUGUUUCGAUAUCUACUUGGUAUUGGAGUGCAAGGUGGCAAAGUCUUUCUACCCACGGGUGGACCGGGGGCGGUCUGGGGAGCUCUUGAGACUAAGCAAGCUGCAUCUCUCACUAUUGGUGGGAGUGCUUACUGGCAGAGUUGGGCAUUAUUCGAAUAAAUUGUUAUUUAGAUAAUUAUUCGAAUAAAGUUUUAUCCGUAAUAUAAUUAUUCGCUGAUAACUCAUUCAAGAAUAAAUUAUUCGUGAAUAAAUUGCUUUCGAAUAAUUUAUUCGUUAUUUUAUUCGUUAUUUUAAAUAAUGAAUAAAAACCCAUAUUUAAUACAUUGAGCAACGAUUUACUUUUGUUUCUAUUGUCAUUUUUUGUCAGUUAGUUGAAUUCUGUUUACUGGAGCGGUUAGUAAAAUUACUGGUAUAUAUACAUAUAUUGUGGUGUUUUAUAUUUUACAAAUGAGUGAUCCAUUUAACGAAGUUAUGGAGUUAGAGAUAGAGGCUACGGGCAGUGAUACUUCUCAGUCAAAUCAAAUUAGCUCCAACAAUUUUCCGGGUUCUAGCGAAAGUGUGGUCAAUGUAUCGGGGAAUGAAAAUUGUGUAAAGAUGACACUGACUUUGCUGGAUGGCAAAUUUUUUAAAUUUGUCUCAUCUUCCAAUGGCAAAUCCAUUUUGAUGGCAUGUGUGAAGUGUGAGCCUGAUGUUGUAAACAUUAAAGGAUCCCCAAAUUCGUCGUCAAACUUUUUGAGCCAUUUAAAGAGAAAACAUGGCCAAGAAGCCGUUGAAGAAUAUCACGAUUAUGCAAAACAGGUGAGACUAAAAAGACACCGUACGGAAGCUGGAAGCGAGCAUUCUACAACUUCAAAGUCAAUCAUGAUUUCCCAACAAAACUUUGAACAGGAUUUGGUGCAAUUCUUCAUCAAUUCAAUGAUUCCCCUGAAUGUAGUGGAGGACCCUUUUUUUAUAGCCAUGUUAAAUAAUUUGGGUUUGCAAAGCCAUGCAUUAAAUGUAAUCAGCCGUAGAUCACUGAGCAGAAGAAUUGAGGCUGAAUAUGCGCAACAAAUGUCAGAGAUCAAAUUGACAUUAGAAUCCGUGCAAUACAUUUGUACUGUUGUUGAUAUAUGGUCAAGUCGAAAAAGAAGUUUCCUUGGAGUAACUGCUCAUUGGAUUGAUACGGAUCUCGACCGCCAAUGCAAGACACUAGCUUGCAGAAGGUUUCCUGGAAUUCAUAAUUAUAAACGUAUUGCGAUGAUACUGGACGAAAUUCAGGCUGAUUUCAAUGUUAGUCCCGCGAAGAUAGUCGCCACAGUGACUGAUAAUGGUAGUAACUUCAUCAAAGCAUUCACAGAGUUUGGUGUAUCAACUCCAAACUUGGAACUGAGAAAUUUAGAAGAGGAUGUUUCCGACGAAGAAGAUGAUGAAGUAAUUGGUUCACAUGAUUUACCAUUAGCGUGCCAGUUUAGGUGUGCUGCACAUACGCUGAAUUUGUGUGCUACCACAGAUGCUAAUCGAAUUCUUAAAACAGGCAAUUAUACACCUCUAUGUGCAAUGCAUCAUAAUGCCAUAGGAAAAUGUAACGUCUUGUGGAAUUCUGCUGGACGUCCAAAAACAGCAGAGAUCAUCCAAAGUGUGUUAGGACAUACACUUAGCAAACCUGGCGUUACAAGAUGGAAUAGCUUAUAUGACGCAAUGAAGCAAAUUUACUCUGUCAAAGACAAAAACAUUCAUUUGCAUAGAGCCUUGUGCCUCACAAAUUACAUCAGCGACGGCGAAUAUGAAUAUAUAAACGAAUAUAUCACAUGUUCUUCUCAAAUAGCCGAGGCCUUAGAUAUAUUGCAAGGCGACGCAGCCACGUGUUAUGGGCUUUUGAUACCAUGUUUGAUGGAUUUACGCAAGAAACUGCAAAAGCUUGAGAGCACUCCGCUGAAGUACUGUCAUGAGUUAGCAGUAGUGUACAGACAAAGCGUCGAAUGAAGAUUUGACGACUUCUUCAAACUGUUUUCGCCUAAAGGUCAACACGCUAUAAUUGCCACAUUAUCCUAUCCAAGGUUCAAGAACAAAUGGUUUACUUGCAUUACACCACAGGAACAAAAAACAAUUAAAACACUUUUCAAACAUAAAAUAGCAAGAGAAGUAUCCAAAAAUAUGAUUGUGAAAAUGAAGUUGCUGCUGAUCCAGAUAACUCAUUUUUUGACUUCGAAUCAGACUCGGGAAGCGAAAGUAACUCACAAGUGCAGCAAUCACCAAAAACCAGAGCUGACAUGAUAUUAUUACAGUAUUUUGCCGCGUACUUUCAAAGUUUUAGAUAAAUACCCUGAAAUCAAAACAAUAUUCCGAAAAUAUAAUACACCAUUGCCUUCAUCAGCAUCGGUAGAACGCGCUUUUCUUAUGCCACCAUGAUAAA